AUGGCUCCCGGUAGUAAGGCAGCAGGAUAUCUUAUGAUGCGGGUACUGACCGUCUUCCUCGUGGUACAGUCUUUGGUCGCUGAGGAGCUGGAAUACUCUUGUGACCUGAGCGGUGUAAUCAAACUUAAAAAUCCGGACCCGGUGAAACUGACCUUCUUCCAGGCGGUAUCAACAUCCGGCAGUCAGCCGUGUCCAUUCCAGUUCCAAGGCGGGGACACUGGACGAGACGAGGUCACCAUAAAUGACUGCCCCAUGGACAUUGAUAUAGACGUGGUGUUUAGUCCCGGCAGUGGCAUACCAAAGCUGUUGACUGACGUAGUCCGCUUCUUCACCCUCAACUGCCAGAAUUCCCCGCCGGAGGGAUUUACGCGACCAGUAGUCGACAACAGCUGGGUCACUAACGUGAUCUCCACACAAAAACAGGACCCCAUUACGCCUGCCAUUGCGUUGAAGGCUAACAUUGGCCAGGCCACGGAAAGCGCCACGGUCGAACCCGGCGGCACCACUACAGCUCCCAGUGUCGGUUUGUUCGAAAAACUGCCCUGGACGGUCAGCGGACCAGAGGGUUAUAGAGUGAUGCCUUUGUCGUGUACUGCAACAUCAGGACCUAUCGAAGGGCAGGAAGUUCAAAGUAUCACGUUGGUGGAAAAUGGUUGCAGUCUGCAACUGAACUUAUUGUCCAACUUCCGGAUGGAGGACCCUGAGAAACCCCACAUCUUGGUGGCCGAUCUGUUCGCAUUCCGAUUUCCGGGGAGUAACGAGCUUAAUCUUGCUUGCCAGGUGAAGGGCUGUCGUCUCACGUCCAGAAGCUGCGAUUUCACUUGUCCCGAAGAACGAAAGCGUCGAAACGCUCUAAAAUCCAUUCAAAGCUCGCGCUCUUCUCACGGGAAUCCAUUCUUCUUCCGUGACUCUGUGCUUCCGGUGUUCGUCGAUGAUACCCGAUGGAAGCGGGCCGAUGAGGGUAGCGCUUCCGUUGAACUGCGUGAAUUCGAAAAAGAGGUCCGUGUGAAAAUCAUCGUGAUCUCCCCUUAUGACGACCUCCUCCUUGCGGGAAGUGGCUCGAUAUCCUCCGUGAGUCUUUGGUUGGCGACAUUGACCUUGCUUGCAGCCUUCCUCAACAGCUAA